GCUGGGGUUGUGGGGGGGGGUGUGGGGGUGUGAGAUGGAGCCGAAGGCGCUGCCGCUCGCCACGCUCCGCAGCUGGGAAUGGUAACGGUGCGGGAUGCGGGGCUGCCGGGGCCGCGAGGGAGCGAGGCGCUGAGCCGCGCGGUCCCUCGCAGCGAGCAGGACAGGCUGCGGGCCGCCGUGGUGCCGGAGGACACGGAGAGGUGGCAGCGGGAGCCGGGCUGGGCCGGGCUGCAGCGGGUGGGCGGCGUGGAUCUGUCGUACGGCGGGGGGAACGACGGCAGCGCCUGCGUGUCGCUCGUCGUGCUCGGCUAUCCCGGCCUGCAGGUGCUGUACGAGGAUUGCAGGAUGGUGGCUGUGAACGCCCCGUACGUGGCUGGAUUCUUGGCCUUCCGAGAGGUCCCUUUCAUGGUGGAAGCUGUUGAGAGGCUUCAGCGGGAGCAGCCCGAGCUCAGACCUCAGGUGCUCCUUGUAGAUGGGAAUGGUCUGCUCCAUCAGAGAGGGUUUGGCGUGGCCUGUCACCUGGGAGUCCUGACAGAUCUGCCGUGUGUUGGAGUGGCCAAGAACCUCCUGCAUGUGGAUGGCUUGGUCAAGGAUGAGCUGCACAAAGAGCAGAUUCGUUCCCUGCAGAAGAAAGGAGAUACUUUUCCUCUGAUGGGCACCUCGGGGGCUGUCCUUGGUAUGGCCCUGAGAGGCUGCAACAACAGCUCUAAACCCCUGUAUGUCUCAGUGGGCCACCGGAUAUGCCUGGAGACAGCUGUGCAUCUUGUCAAGUCCUGCUGCAAAUACCGGAUCCCAGAGCCCAUCCGCCAGGCUGAUAUUAGAUCGAGGGCGUAUAUUCAGAAGCAGAUGUGUUCCCCACCAGCAGCUGUGCCUUCCAGGCUAAAGAGGAAAGAAAGGGCUGAGCUGGAGGAAAAAUCUCAUUCUGGAAGAGAUGAUGAAGAUGAAGACCCUCUUCAUUGAAUCUGCAGACUGUGGCUGUGCAGAGGGCAGCAGCUGUGUCCACCUGGGGCAGAGCAGCGCGUGGCUCUGAUGGUCAGCACAACACCAGCAGUGUGCUGCACUGUUCUGGCAGGCACAGACCAGCCUCUGUUAAAUUUGUUACUUGAUGUUUAGAGUAUAUUUUUCAUUAUUUUUAAGCAUUGUGAAUACAUAUAUUUACUUGUAAUUUUACUACAA